AUCUGACAACGCCAGAAGUAAACCGGAAAACGUUCUUUUUAGUAUCAACCCGUUAAAGUUCUAUCUUUAAACUGCUACUGUCUUAGCAAUCCCUGAAUCACAAAGAUGGUCAAGGAAGACAGAAAAGUUUGGAAGGCCAACUAUUUUGUAAAAAUCACAUCACUUUUUGAUGAAUACCCAAAAGCAUUCAUCGUUAAAGUAGACAAUGUCGGCUCAAAGCAGAUGCAACAGAUUCGCCAGGGUCUCAGAGGGAAGGGAGUUAUCCUUAUGGGUAAGAACACAAUGAUGCGUAAGGCUAUUCGUGGUCAUUUGGACACCAAUCCAGGAUUAGAGAAGCUUUUGCCAGCAAUUAAACACAACGUGGGCUUUGUCUUUACUAAAGAUGAUUUGACUGAAGUCCGUAGUCUCAUUUUGGAGAACAAGGUACAAGCUCCAGCCAGAGCAGGUGCUGUAGCUCCUAAAGAUGUCAAGAUUCCUGCCCAAGUAACAACUCUUGGACCUGAAAAGACAUCUUUCUUCCAGGCCUUGUCUAUCCCUACAAAGAUUACCAAGGGUACCAUCGAAAUCUUGAAUGAAGUGUCCUUGAUCAAGGAAGGAGAAAAAGUGGGUCAGUCUGAGAGUACUCUACUUAACAUGUUGAACAUCUCACCCUUCACUUAUGGUCUAAUCAUUGAUCAUGUGUAUGAUUCUGGAACUGUUUUUAGCCCAGAAGUUUUGGACAUCACAAAUGCAGACAUUAUUGCCAAGUUUGUUGAGGGUGUGCGCAAUGUUGCUACAGUAUCUCUGGCUAUAGGUUAUCCCACUGCUGCAUCAGCUCCCCAUUCACUUAUUAAUGGCUUCAAGCGGUUGUUGGCUGUUGCAGUUGAAACAGAUUACACCUUCAAGGAGGCUGAGCAGACCAAAGAGUACCUGAAGGAUCCUUCCAAGUUUGCUGUUGCUGCUGCUCCUGCACCAGCAGCCGCAGCUGGUAAACCGGCAGCAGCCGCCGCACCAGCAAAGGAAGCUGUCAAAGAAGAGAGUGAACACAGUGAUGAAGAUAUGGGUUUUGGCCUCUUUGACUAAAUUCCUGUAUAUGUCUGUAUGAGGUUACAGAUAAUGUGCCACUAGUUGACUUGCCAGUAGGUGUAUGGGUUUACACCGAAAUGGCAUCACUAAACUUCCAUGUUAAUGUAACUUCUGUUGAAUAAAUUUUUGGAACUCUU